AUGCUAGGCUGGGCGAGUAGCCAAUUUGAAAAGCUAUCUCAAACGGUAGCACCUCCUCCUACGGAUGGCAACAGUCGAUUUGUCUAUGCCGUUCAGAAAGGCGAUGAAGAUGGCGCCAUGGCAUGCGUGUCGGAAAUGGACGACGUCGCACGCACCAAGUUGAAUCCAACACGAGGUUCCUACGCGAUUCACUUGGCGUGUCAACAGUGCAUGGAUCGCUUGAUUCGGUAUUUACUCCAACAACCCGGUGUCGAUUUGACGUAUAUGGAUAGUGCCGGCAAUACGCCGUUGCAUUAUGCCUGUUUGUCCACCGACACUUUGCGCACAUUGCCAACCGUCAAAUUGUUGGUGACAGAAUUGGGUGCGUCGGUCGUUGCCAAGAAUAGUUUGGGUCAAACCCCGUACGAUGUGGCGACGGUCAAUUCGGUGCGACAAUUUUUAUUGCCACUCCAACUCCAGCAAGAAACGCAAGCGGCCAUUGACAAUGGCGGCGUGGGAUUGCCACCGGGUAUUGAUAUGGGAGGAUUGCGCAUUCGAAAUCCCGUCGCACCACCGCCGCCGAUACGUCCCGCGCCCAUGUCGUCUCCGGCGCCCACGCAUUCCAUGUUGCAACAGCAAGAUGGCGGAGUGGCACCGACAUCCGGGGGCUACGCAUUGUCGGGCUCCUCGUCGGCCCAUACGGCCGUCAUGAAGGGAUUUCGAAAACCCGAUGGAUUUCAUUCCUCGUCAUCGGACGCCAAUUUGCAAAAGAAAUACGGACACUACCAAUCAUCUCAAUACGCCAAUAUUGCGCCCCCGCCGGCAUCGGGAGGAGCGCCCAUUGCAAGUGCGUUUGCUGGCGGCGGCGGCAACAAUCCAUUUGCCGGAGGAGCCGCCGCCAAUCCGUACAGUGGACGCGCCAAUUCCCGUUAUGUCGCCUACGAUGCCGUCUCCAAUACCACCUCGCCCAUGCCAAUGGCCAUGCCCAAUCAACGAACCAUGUCGGCACCCAAUACUGGUACUGCCAAUUAUGGAGUUUUUCAACCCUUGGACGACAACAAGCCACAACAGCAACAGCAACACAACCAGCCAUGGCGGCGUUUGUCACACCCCAAAAGGAGCAGCAGCAACCACCGCAACAAGGAGAACAACAUGCCAGCGGAUGGAAGGAAGUUACCGAUCCAGCAUCGGGACGACUCUACUAUUACCAUGAAACGGAUGGAACCACGUCGUGGGAAAAACCUACAGCUGCCGUAA